CUAAACACAAACACAAACACAAAAAACGCAAGAGAAUGCAUAGAAGCACGCCGGUGAGAAAGCCACACACCUCCACCUCCGAUCUCCUCACAUGGUCGGAAGUUCCUACGCCGGAAUCCUCCGCCACCGUCUCCGCCUCCGGCAACCGCUCUCGCCAGCCUUCCGACAGAAUCAGCAAGGUUCUCCAUGGCGGCCAGCUCACCGAUGAAGAAGCUCAGACUCUAGCCAAGAGCAAACCUUGCUCAGGGUAUAAAAUGAAAGAGAUGACUGGAAGUGGUAUAUUUUCGGACAAUGGCGAAGAUUCUGCACCAGAAGCCAAUUCUGCAAAUUCAAAUAACAGAACAAGCAUACGCAUAUGUCAGCAAGCACUGAAUGGAAUUAGUCAGAUAUCAUUCAGCACUGAAGAAAGCAUUUCUCCUAAGAAGCCUACCUCUAUACCAGAGGUAGCAAAGCAGCGUGAACUGAGCGGGACAUUGCAAAGUGAAUCAGACACAAAGAAUAAGAAGCACGUAUCAAAUGCCAAGUCCAAGGAGCUCAGUGGAAAUGACAUAUUUGGCCCUCCUUCUGAAAAUGUGCCUCGUUCAGUGGCGGUUGCACGCACUUUGGAAUCAAAGGAAAGUAAAGACAUGGGAGAACCUCUUCCCAGAAAUGUGCGAACUUCAGUUAAAGUUUCCAAUCCUGCAGGUGGCCAAAGUAAUAUCUUAUUUGGUGAAGCACCCGUAACGAAGACAUCAAAGAAGAUACAUGACCAGAAGUUUGCGGAGCUGACAGGGAAUAAUAUUUUCCAAGGAAAUGUUCCUCCAGGAUCAGCGGAAAAGCCUCUGAGCAGGGCUAAACUGAGGGAAAUGACUGGCAGUGACAUAUUUGCUGAUGGAAAGCCAGAAACCAAAGAUCCUGUCCGAGGUGCCCGCAAACCCCCUGGUGGAGAAAGCAGCAUUGCCUUGGUUUAAGUUAUGAUAUUUAAACUUACCCUAUUUCACGUAGGCAUUCUAUAAAUCAGUCUGAACUCCCAUGUUUUUAAGUAGAAGGGUCUGUGUUUUCUAUUUUCAGCAUCUUAGGUUUUUCCACUUUUCAACUAUGAACGUGGCAUAACUCAGUCUUAACAUUUAAAUGGUGAAAAAUGAAGUUGGUCGUGCCUGGACAGCGUUUCAGCGUUCCCUUUUCCCCACCCUGCUAAACAUGUUAUGAAAACUUCAAUUAUAUUUAUAGUUUUGUUGAAUAGUCAAGGACGAUCCUGUUUGAU